UCUUCCACUUUACAGAGACAACUGCUACAAGUACAACUACUGCGCAAGAGGAUGCUUGUAAAAUAGAUACGAAUCCCUUUGCCACUGGGUGCAAUAUGACUUUGAUGGAGAUUUGUGAAAUUGUUUGCGGUUUUCUGAAAUGUGUUUGUCCACCUGGUUAUGCAAGAUCACAAGAUAACGAUCCGUGUAAAGAAAUCGCGACACAUUCCGCAGAAAUGCUUCUCUCAGGGAACUUCACCGAUGAGUUUAACAAUGAAGAUCCUCGUUGCGAACCUCCUGGAUCGGAGAUCGAACUCGUGACUACUUUCAUGAAGAGCGUUAUGCUGGAAGCGGCGGAUAUCGCAUUUGCAGACCAGCCUGGACUGUACAUGGACACGGACAUCAUGACAAUGACGGUCCUCUCCUCUCGAACCCAAAAUAGAGCUGGAGACACUCAACUGAGAAUGGAGGGAACCAUGCGAUUCCCCAGAGAGGCAUAUGAUAACGACGUUUUGAACGGAGGGAAUCCAGCAGAGAAAAUGAAUGAAACGUUAAAUUCCAAUUGGGCUUACAUUUUAUCCUGUCUGGAAGAUCUAAUACCGGAUUUCCUCGGGAAUAAUCCAUCCCUGGAUUUCAACUUCAGCUCGAAUCCUCAAGUUAUCCCCUGUGAAAAUAACACGUGUCAUAGUGAUGCCAAUUGCAAUGAAAACGCGGAGGGACAUCCUCCUUUGUGCAACUGCAAUACAGGUUUUGAGGAUCUCAACCCCAAUUUCUCUGGCCGAGCAUGUGCAACCAUGGCUCCGAUCGAACGAGCAACUCUUCGCCCCAUCGUCUACGACGAGUUCCUCCAAGGACACUCUGCGAGAGCCGCCGCGGACAACUUUUUGCUACCCUCAUCU